AUGUUUGGGCAUGCAUUCCAGGAUAACACGACUCUAAAGAACCUCAUGGCCGAGGCCGGAUUCGUAGACAUCAACGUGCAGGUGUUCAAGUGGCCUUCCAACCCGUGGCCUCGCGAUACGAAACACAAAGAACAUGGGUUUUGGAACCUUGAUAACUCCGUCGCUGGACUAGAAGGUUUCAUGCUGGGUGCUUUGACGAGAGCUCACAAGUGGACAAAAGACGAGGUCAUAGCCUUUGCAACGGAAGUCCGCAAUGAGAUGAAGGACCCUCGUAUUCACUCAUAUCAAACGAUCUGGUCUGUACACGGUAGGAAGCCUGCGGUCGAGGGAGUCGCGGCUAAGUGA